AACAGAGAUGUUCUAGAGACUUCGACUUCUGUCCAGAACCUACCACUCUUUCUAAUACCCCUCUCCCACGCCAUGUGAAUUCCUCAUCCAAUCUCCAUCCCUGAAAAAUCGAAUCAUGUUCUUCUCCCCCUGUCUUGUCUAACAUUGUUGUUUGAUUUUGUAUUUCGGCAAAGAAAUAAUUAAAAAGAAAUCUAGAAUCAUAGCUGGUGGUGAAUCCUGAUCGGUGGAGUGAUGUCUGCGUACGAGAACGUGAUAGGGGGGAGGCUGAAGCUGAAGGGUAAAGCACUGGACGUGAAAGCAGGUGGCAUUAUCAAGAAGAAGAAGAAUCUCCGUUACAAGAAGCAUCAUUAUCAAGAUCAAUCUGCAGCAGAUGGAAAUACAGCAUUAGCAACAGAUCAUGCUGGGGAUAUGAACGAGACAGACAAAUGUGAUGAACAAGGGCAGACUGCAAAGUAUGAUGAUCAUCUUACACCAGCUGAGAAGCGAUAUCUCCAGCAGUGGGAGAGAAUCGAUACCCAAAGGAUGGUUAAGAUGGCCAGCAAAUCUCACCGUGAUCGGAUUCAGGAGUUCAAUCAAUAUCUGGCUAACCUAAGCGAGCAUUAUGACAUUCCUAAGGUGGGGCCUGGUUAGUUUGUUUCUCCAAUUUGUCAGUCAGUUUUAUACACUAGUUCAAAGGAUUGAGAACAAUGAGUUUUAAACGUUUAAAGCCAUGCAUAUUGAUUGAAAGCAUGACAUGUCUAGAUUUGUAUGUUUUAAGUUCAUUGACAGUUUGGUCUCUGUGUAUUUAAAUUAUGAAUUCUGCAACUAAGUUUAAUGGACAGAUUUGAUGUCUUACCA